AUGGUUGGGAAAAAAUCAGAAAAAGCCCUUCGAGAUGAAGGUCUUGAAAGGACUGAUAACAACAUGGAGCUAUCCAGCUGGCCUCAGAUAGCUCCAAUCAAUCAGAAGAACUACUAUACGUAUGUAACGCUCUUGGUUUUCAUCCAAUGCUUGGUAGAUGAACGGAGGAUGAUGGCUGAUGAUGACAAUGGCAGUGACUACCUCAAACGCGACGACCAACUCCUCGCCUUCCGCCUGCAAAACGAAGAAGCUCGAAACCGCAUGGCCAAGACGGCCAAAGACCGCGACCGCGCCCUCGCUCUAGGAAAGCAAGAACAGGGCGAUGCGGAAGUCGACGGCGAUACAGCUAUGGAAGACGCCGAAGAGGCGCCCACCGAAACAGCAGGCUCCAAGGUGAUUGUUCUUCACCUUGGAAGCCAGAAUCUGCGUAUUGGUCUUGCAAGUGAUGCGCUGCCCAAGACCGUGCCGAUGGUUAUUGCGAGAAAGUCGGCAAAGAAUGAGUCUGAAGAUGGUGUUGAGCCUAGGCCGAAGAGGAUCAAAUUAAAUGAAGAUGGGGAGGAAGUGCAGCCCGAAAAACAGUUCGGCCCAGAGUUUGCGUCGCUAUUUGGCACCAUGUGCGCCGAACUCAAAACGCAUAUGAGGCAAAACAAGAGGAGAAUGUUGCCCAACUCUAAGGAAAUGGUCAUCAACUAUAACCGUCGGACAGUACCAGAGCAUAUCCCCGAACACAACGAUCCCUCAAGAGUGGAAUGGACAGAAAUUUCCAGUCCGGCUCCAGAAUACAUCACCGGACAGGAGGCGCUCAGGAUACCGGACGACUCCAAGCCGCGCUACAAGUUGUCCUGGCCGAUACAACAUGGCUGGUGCAAUGAGAAGGACUACGACAGCGCCAGGCUUUUGUUCUUGGACAUAUCACUGAUCUUAGAAGACGCCAUUAAGACUCAAUUGGGGCUUACGAGUAAGAAGGACUGGACGCAAUAUUCUUGUGUCUUUGUGAUUCCAGACCUCUACGAAAGAACCUACGUUUCCAGCGUGUUGGAGAUGUUGAUGAAGGAAUUCUCUUUUGCCCGUGUCUGCUUUAUCCAGGAAAGUCUGGCGGCCACAUUUGGCGCUGGAUACACCUCAGCCUGCAUCGUGGAUAUAGGCGCCCAAAAGACAUCCAUCUGCUGCGUCGAAGAAGGCAUGUGCAUUGAAAACUCGCGGAUCAAUCUGAAAUACGGCGGUUUUGACAUUACCGAGACCUUCAUCAAAAUGAUGCUCUACGACCAUUUCCCAUACGCCGAUAUCAACCUGAGACGCAGGUACGACUUCCUGCUCGCCGAGGAACUGAAGAAGACCAUCUGCACGAUGAACGAAAGCGGGGUGUCGACGCAAGUAUUCGAUUUCCACCUGCGCAUCUCCGGGCAGGAUACGCGAAAAUACAUGUUUAAGGCCUACGACGAGAUUCACCUUGCGCCUAUGGGCUAUUUUCAGCCGGCGAUUUUCAGCGCCGGUGGUGAUGGCGAUAAACUACAGGGACGUCGGAAACUCUUACCUCGGUCAUUGGACAUUUACGAUGGCCAGCAGAAUGAUCCUACGUCUGCAGCACAGUCCGAGAUCCUGGCAGCGAUUGCACCGCCUCUCCCUGCCGAGCUGGCGGGGGUGACAACAACCGAAGACGAGAAACCAUCCCAAACCAAUGGCACUUCUGACGUCCAAGCGACGCCAAGCCGGUCUCAUCUGAGCAUUCUCGGCCGUGUGCAAGACGUAGAAGCCACCCCUCGAUCAUCAGUUGCUGGAUCUCCAGCCCCGGAAACGACAAACACGCCCUCUCAGCAACAGCAGCAACAACACCAAAACGGAACGCCAAUUCCGGGGGAUAAAACCGGUGGUACAGCAGCAGCUGUGUCGUCAAGUGCAGGGCAGCAACCGCUACAACAACCACCGCCUCAACCACGUCGAGCACCCACCAUCGAAGAGCGCGACGACAUUCUCCCCGUCUACCCUCUCGACCAAGCCAUUCUAACCUCAAUCACGCACGCAGCACGCUCCGACGACAAGAAGAUGCGCGAUUUCCUCGGCGGAAUCAUGGUUCUGGGCGGCGGCAGCCAAGUACAGGGGUUCCAUGCCUACCUCGAAGAGAGAUUGCAUGUGCUGCGGCCGGCGUUCGCAAAGGAGAUUAUGAUUGGAACCCCGCCGCGCGAUCUGGAUGCGCAGGUGGUUCUGGAUUGGUCGGCUGGAGUAUGA